CCUUCGCACAGAUGACAUUACCUCCACAUCAACAACGUUCUCAGCAUAAUGUUUUGAAUUGUUCGUAGCACGUUUUUGCGCAGUUUUUUCUACAAUAAAAUGUCUCGUAUUAUUAUCAAAAAUAUUCCUAACGGGUUCGAUGAAGCAAAGCUUCGCAAUCACUUCAGCACGUGCGGCAUCAUCACGGAUGUACAGUUGAAGUACACACCGGAGGGGAAAUUUCGAAACUUUGGCUUUAUUGGCUUUGAAAGCGAGGAAAAUGCGACAAAAGCAAUCGCUCACUUUAACAACAGUUUCAUCCGAACGUCCAAAAUAACGGUGGCACCGUCUGUGGCGCUCAGUGAAUCGAAAUCCCUAAAAGUAUGGAGCAAACAUGCCCAAAAGCCGGCCGAACCAGUCAAACCGAUCGUUGAGGAGAGUAAAAAGGCGGGGAAAGAAAAGGCAAAACCACAAACGGCAAAGGAUGUUCUCAGCCAGUAUAAAGAUGAUCCAAAGUUUCAAGAGUUUCUAGACGCACACAAACGAGCCGGCAAAUCGAUUUGGGACAAUCAAUUUCAACAGGAAGAUGCAGAAACAAACGAUAAAGGUUCCGAUGAAAAAACGGCAAGCACAGAUUCCAAACCUCCGGCUGCAGAGAAAUCCAACGAUGCGAGCGAUAAGAAGGCGCUAACGAAACCCAUGAUCCCUAUGUUUGUGGCCAAGGUGGUCAACAUUCCGCGAACAACAAAGCGGCAAGAUGUGAUACGAUUCUUCAAAACUGUCAAACCAUCCUCGGUGCGUAUUCCACCGAAAAUUAAGGGUUUUGCUUACGUGGGCUUCAAAACCGAGGCUGAGCUUAACAAAGCGCUGCUGAUGAAUAAAAGCUUUCUCGGAGGAAAGCAGGUACAAAUAUUUGAUUUAACUGGACGCGCUAAACAACUUGACGUAAAAGGUCAACCGAACACGAGCAAACAAGAAAAAUGGAAUAAGCAGAUGGCAAACGCACCCAGUGAAAUGAUAUGCGAGUCCGGUAAACUGUUUUAUCGCAACUUGGCGUACUCGGUACAGGAAGAAGAUAUUCGAACGCUGUUUGAAAAGUACGGACCGGUGGCGGAAGUUGAUGUACCGAUCGAUCCCAACACACGCAAGAUAAAGGGCUUUGGAACAGUUACAUUCAUGAUACCAGAACACGCCGUUACGGCAUAUAAUGAGCUCAAUGGUACGGAUCUUCAUGGGCGCAUGUUUCACAUCCUACCAGCAAAAGGGCCAUCAGAUGAGACGGCCGAAAAGGAAGGAGAAGACGCAACGGAUGACUACAAAAAGAAAAAGGAAAAAGAAAUGAAAAAAACGGCCCAAUCAAACCACAACUGGAAUACUCUCUUCAUGGGAGAGAAUGCGGUUGCCGAAGCGGUAGCAAAAAAGUAUGGAACGACGAAGGAAAGAAUAUUUAUUUCGUCCGAGGGCGAAACGAGUGCGGCCGUCCGGCUAGCGCUCGCUGAAACGGAACUUGUGCUAGAAAUGCAAACCUUCCUAAAGGAACAUGGCAUUUCGCUGGACGCAUUUAGCUCGAAUGAGACGAAACGUUCGAACACGGUAAUAUUGGCAAAGAAUCUUUCACCUGGUUGUACGACGGAUGCCCUGCGUAAACUAUUCGCACCGCAUGGUCUGUUGGGACGUGUGGUGUUACCACCGAGUUCCGUUACAGCCAUUAUCGAAUAUCUCGAUCCCAGCGAAGCACGGAAAGCAUUUAAAAACUUAGCCUACAGCAUGUUUCAGUCGUUGCCCCUAUUCUUGGAAUGGGCCCCUAUAGGCACAUUUACAUCUGCUUCCUCGGCACCUUCCGAGUCUGCUGACGAUACACCAAAUAAAGCAAGCUCCGAACAGGUUGUCAGUGAAAAGGAAAACAUCGACGAUAUGGAACCGGAAGAUGGCACGACAAUAUUCCUUCGUAAUCUUGCCUUCACCACCAAUGAGGACGCAAUCCGGGAACGAUUCCGGAACGUGGGUGUUAUCCACUCGGUAGAGGUGGUACGAAGCAAAGAUCUGUCCGGCAGUGGACAAAACGAAAGCCGUGGUUAUGGUUUUAUCCAAUUUAAGCGUCGUCAGGCAGCGGACUAUGCGCUAAAGAACCUGCAAACGGUUAAUCUCGAUGGUCGAAUGGUCGAACUGGUACGCAGCGAUCGUACACUACGCACCGCGCAGGAUGGAACCGACCGCAAAAAGUCGAAAGCACAAAAACAAACGGGCAACAAAAUGCUGGUCCGCAACAUUCCCUUCCAGGCUAGUGCAAAGGAAGUGCGCGAUCUGUUCAAACCCUUCGGUGAUAUUAAAUCACUACGUUUGCCGAAGAAAAUGGCUGCCGGUGCGGAUGAAAGUCAUCGUGGUUUUGGUUUCGUUGAGUUUGUGGAAGAUUCUGAUGCAAAGCGUGCGUUCGAUACGUUGGGCCGCAGUACGCAUUUGUACGGCCGUCGUCUCGUGCUGGAAUGGGCAGCACCGGACAACGAUGUGGAAGAGUUGAGGAAACGUACGGCGGAACAGUUUGGCAAUAGUGGGGCGGCUGGUGGUAAGCGAACGGCAACCGGGAAGGCUGUUUUGUCUACGGAAGAGUUUAUCAGCGCGGGCCAGCGCAAGUCGGCAAACGAUGACGACGAUAAUGAUGGAUAUGAUUAAAGAUACUAAAAUGGCGGUAUGCUGCUACAUGUAAGUUCAGAUUAUAAUAUUAAAAUUCUACACCGAUUAUAAAGGAGAAUGAUUGUACGGAUGCAUUCGGUAUACAUCUAAUAAAGUUCUCGUUAGACGAAUCGUAGUUUAUAAAAAAAACAGUUAGUUCUACAGUGCGUGACUUGUUUCUAUUUAAGGAAGAAGAAAACAGCAUCUGAAACGUUUACUUACACACGAAAACAAUAAGCUUGUUUGUAUAAGGAAAGGAUAAUCGAAACAGUUUAUUAGUAAGAAAUAUUUCACCUUCUUAUCUAAUUACAAAUGCAUUGUGGUUGGCUGCACACACUUUCCUUCCCCAUAGCUUUGCAAUCCCUUUGUAAACAUUGUCCUUCUUGGUUUUUUGUUAGUUUUCGCCUUAUUUUGAUAUCUCAUAAGUAACAGUUUGGUUUUCUUAUUAUAAGUAAGCUAUUCUCAAAUUGGUACACCUCAACGCCGGUUUCAUAUCGGUUCCUUGCAGUACGAACGUUUUGUGUAUUUCUAAGUAAUUCUAGACGAAACGUUCCCACUAUAUCUCACUGUUUUUUUUUGGAACGAAUCGUUAGCCAAAUGGAACAAUCGAAUGUACGAUCAAUCACGAUCGAACGUAGCAGACAAUCGUCAUCACGGAUGCCGAGGGGUUGUAAUAAUUGCUUCAAACCGAUGCUAACAGCAAACGGACAAUCCGUGAAAUGUUUCAGCAGUUGCGAAAUGUUUUUUUGUGGUCAUCUCUCCGUUUCUCUUUCUUUAAUUAAUCUAUAAAAUGCUUUCCUAUGUAUGCUGAUACGCCAAUACGCCCUUACCUAUCCUAUCCGUACUAGUGGUUAGGACAACAGUAAGAUACUCCCAAGACGAGAAGAAGAUGUAGCAAAAUCAGAAAAGAAAACAGUUACACCAUAUUUUUGACACAACAUUCAGACAUUUACCGGUACCGGAGACAUGAAACUCUCGAUAUUGUAGAUUUCAUAAGCCUAGUUUUGUGAACAAUGUGUACAAUAACGGAAUGUUUUUGGUAACGUUGGGUGUAAAAUGAAAAGAGGCGCCAGAAUUUUAAGGGACACACGGUGCAUUUGUUUCUUUUGUUUUUUGGGAAAUGUAAAACGGGACCUAAAAACCUGGAUUACAUCUACUUCGGGUCAUCUGUGCAACGAACGGGUACGGUAAAUCACAUUCAAUGCAGGUUUUUGUUUGCAAAACUGUAGUAACUUUCAUCUACAACCACCUAAACAACAGUCUCUUCGUAUUGUGAAAAAACGUCCUACGGGUAAAUAUUGUCCCAACGUACGAACAGCAACUGAUGUAACGACGAUAUGUUAUGCCCAUACAGUGCGACUUUUUAUCCUCGUGCUUUGCUUAAUGGCGACUUAAAGGUAGUAAAUUGGAUGGCUUUGCUAAUACCUCGCACGCAAAGCAUCCGAUCAAAUGUGUCUUUUUUUGCAAAAGGGGGAAUUAUGUUUUGCUUCGAAACCGCUACAAACUAAUAAACAAAAUUGUUUGUCAGUAUGAUCCUUUCCAUUACCCUAUUAUCUCGAUCAUAGUCAUACCACACUCUCUUAGUUGAAAAGAUCGAAUGUUCUUUAUCAACCACUAAACAUUUAACGGGAUGCAAGCCACACAAAACUGUGACCCACAAACAGAUGUAUUGUGUGGUUUUUGGUUUGUUUGCUACUGUCCAUUGUACCUUGUGCACAUGUUUUAUCAUACUGUUUUGUUUUGUUAUUGCCUAAUUUUAACAUUUCCUUCACUAAGCGCUCCACUGCAGAAUAAUUUCAUCAUUUUCUUUUUUAUUCAUUUUGCGUUCAUUUCGACUACCACUUCCAGACAUUAAACGUCUAGAAUCUUGUUGCGUAUCGCUUCUCACUCUGUCUCUCAUUUAUUAUCAAACAUUGGAACUGUUUGAUUAGUUGCAGCUAUUUUUACAAAUGUUCAUUACUUGCUAGCAUACAAUGCAAAAGUAUGUUUUUGUCUUUUUAUUGGUAUUGAUAAAUCAUAUGCUUAAUGUCUAGGCGUUGUUUUAGAGCAUAAAUUGGAUGAGCGGAAAAUGUGUUAUCGUACGUUUGCGGGGGCUUAUAAUUAAAUAGAUAAAAUUAUAGCAUUAUUAACCCAUGUUUAAAAUCGGAGUAAUAUCUUAAGUGUUUCUAAUCAAUAAACAAAAAGAACUUAUAUUCAAGCAAGGUUAAAAAUCAGUUAAAAAAGCUAAAAUCAAAUCAAAUCAAAUAAAAAAAAUCAUUACAUUCUGAUAAUGCAAUGAAACAAUACAAUACAGAAAAGGAAAUAAUAACAAAUAGAAAACGAAUAUUUUAACAUACGUUUUUGCAAUGGAUUACUAAGAAACUAAAACAAGGGUUUUUACUUGUUUAACUUGUAUUGCAGAAAAAAUGCACGUCAAAUAAAGGAUAUAGAAACAGUCUUCUUUAAUAUUCUGCAUUGCGGCAAUGCUCCAUCGUUUACUCAAUAACUUAAUAUUCCAAAAUAAGUUGUAAUAUUCAAAAUAAUCUUCAAAAUAUGUUUUUACACAAAGAUGAUCUUCACAUAACUCUUCCAGAUAUAUUUAACAUAUAGUAUAUCAUUAAGAUCUACUAAAGCAAUAUCCAAUAAAAAAAAUCGACUAAUACCUGCGAAUUACAAUAU